GUAGUAAAACAGAUCAGUCCGGGGUCGUGGCCUCCACUCGGCAUCUUCUUCCUCCCCCACAUCGCACUUCCUCCCCUGCUAGAUUCCUCCCUCCACCGACCGGCAAGGCUUCUCUCCUGCAGUUCCCUCGCCCAAGGUUGCACCAGAGAAGGCGAAAAACAUCGCUGUUUGCGAGAUCGUGGAGCGGUGAGUGGCCAUCUUUCUUCAGUUUGUGUUCAGUAGCUGCGCUGUGAGUUUCGGAUCUGUUUCUCUCCCCUAAGGUAGAGAGAGAUGGCCGAGACGGUGUUCGCUCCGUGUUUGGAAGGGAUGAAGCACGUCAGGUCGGACAGCGGGGUCAUGCUCGCCAAGCCCUUCCUUGAUGUCUGCAAGCAAAUCUUGCCUGUCCUGGAUAAAUUUGGUGCUGCUAUGGCAAUUGUGAAGAGUGAUAUUGGAGGUAAUAUCACGAGGUUGGAGAACAAGUACUCUUCAGACCCGACAAAAUAUGAGCACUUGUACACCAUGGUCCAAGAAGAAGUUGAAAAGAAGACCGCAAAAGGUUCAUCAAGCUGCACAAAUGGACUUCUAUGGCUCACGAGGGCUAUGGACUUCCUUGUUGAACUGUUCCGUAAUCUGCUUGACCAUCCAGACUGGACUAUGAGUCAAGCAUGUACUGAUUCAUACACAAAAACUCUGAAGAAAUGGCAUGGCUGGCUCGCCAGCUCCAGUUUUACGGUGGCUAUGAAGCUUGCUCCUAACAAAGAUAAAUUUAUGGAGGUAAUUAGUGGAACGGGUGACAUCAAAGCAGACAUUGAGAAAUUCUGCACCACCUUUUAUCCCUUUCUUAAGGAGAAUCAUGACUUCCUGGCCAGUGUUGGACUCGAUGACAUGAAGGCUUCUUGAUGCAAUACACAUCGAUAAUCAUCACAGAAUAUCAAGUCUUGCUAUUUUCUCAAAUUUUAUUGUGGCAUACUGAUCUUCAGAAAAUUAUAGACGAAUAAUAAGUCUGUCAAAAUGUGUGGGUGUUCAUGACCCAUAGCUACUUACAUACAGAAUGAAAUGAAUGGAUGCAUGGUAUCAAAAUUAACUUGUGAAGUCACUUGGUUGUCAGCCAAGUCAACCAUUUUACCUGUUGAUGUAACUGAGGAGAAUGCAGAGGAUGCAGAUAUGUGGUGGUCUUGUCAUUACGCUUAUAAACUGUUGUACAAGUGGUGAGACUAAGAUACAAAUUAAGAGUAUGUUUUUUAUGCAA